ACACACACACAUACCCCAGCCCUUAUGACAGACACACUCGGUCUCCCUCCCUCAUGCACACACACACACACACACACACACACACACAGUGACUGUAAAGGGUUCUAAUUCAGCAUGCCUGCUGCUGGAUGCUCUUAGACCGAGACACACUCGCCUCACCGUCGGGUUUGACUGCCUCAGAAAGGGAUUUCAAUAUCAUAUUUCUAGGUCCUCAUGGCUUCAUCGGACGGAAUAGACAAAUGUCUUCUGCACAGAGGCAGAUCUCAAAGUGACCCGAACAUCCUCAGCGAGUCUGGCAUUGAUCUCUCGCACAGCGCAGAUGUGAUGGAGCAGCAGAAUGUGUUGCGCUCCAGCUGUUUGGUGAGUGGAGUCCACACCCCUCCCAUCCGACGCCACAGCAAGCUGGCCACACUGGGGCGCAUUUUCAGGCCGUGGAAAUGGAGGAAAAAGAAAAACGAGAAGCUGAAGCAGAGCUCUACAGAUGUGGCCUUGGCCUGUGGACUCCAUUCUCCAGACCCCGGCUCUCCCAUCCGGGGCAUCUCCGAUGCUGAGAUCCGGCUGUCUGGGUCUCAGGGGCCCAUUCUCAGCAUCAGUAGCAUGGAGUACCUCAGCUCAGAGCAAGACAAUCUCCCUUCCAUGGUAGAUUCUGUACAGGACAACGGGACAAUGGAAGAGCCCAAUUCAAAUGAGGAAGAGGAGGAGGACGAGGAGGCUGUUCCCUCUGAAAAUGAGAAUGAAGAUGUUGAGGAAGAUGAAGACGACGGAGAGGAAGAUGAGGAAGAUGAACCGCAGGAGCAGUCUCCCCCAAGCAGUCACGGCAAUCUCGCUUCUCAGCUUAGCACGGAGGAAGACCCGGGUAAAGUCGUCGUCGCAUCAGUGCCUCAUUCAAACUCUUUUCUCCAAAAAGAACUGUCUAGAGUCUCUGAUGGCCCCAGUCCUGUGGUUUUAAGAGGGCAUUUUACUAAUUCUGUGGGGUCGCCGCAUAUAGGUAGCAUACAUCCGCCGCUGCCCCCUAGCUGUAUAAUAGAAGAACUGCACCGAGCACUGGCAUCCAAGCUCAGACAGGAAAGCAUUGAGCGAGAGCCAAGUGGAAAUGGUGAGAACAGAAAGGAAGCAGAGGAAAACAAGGAAAACGUUCGACAAGACAACUGCUUCACUGACGCUUCAGGAAUUAUCUACGACAUGGACGACUGGAACGAGUCUGUCAUUUCUGGCACAUUGCCAAGGAGGAUGAGGAAGGAGCUGCUGGCCGUGAAGCUUCGGAAUCGUCCCAGCAAACAGGAGCUGGAAGACAGGAACAUUUUUCCUACGCGGAGUGACCAGGAGAGACAGGAGAUCCGCCAACAGAUCGAAAUGAAACUUGCCAAGAGACUCAGUCAACGGCCGGCCGUUGAAGAGCUGGAGAGCAGAAAUAUUUUAAAACAGAGGAACGAUCAGACGGAGCAAGAGGAAAGAAGAGAGAUCAAACAGAGACUCAACAGAAAGCUCAACCAGAGGCCAACAGUUGAUGAACUAAGAGAACGAAAGAUUCUCAUCCGCUUCAGUGAUUACGUGGAGGUGGCCAAAGCCCAGGAUUAUGACAGGAGAGCUGAUAAACCCUGGACGAGACUGUCUGCUGCUGACAAGGCGGCCAUCCGCAAAGAGUUGAACGAGUUCAAAAGCACUGAAAUGGAGGUCCAUGCUUCAAGCAAGCAUCUAACAAGGUUUCACAGGCCCUAAGAGGGGGUUUUCUUCUGUGAAGAAAAUGCUGAAAGUGGCGUUCAUGUUAAAUCCUGGAGGUGCCUCUUCCAGAGCUGUGGCUUCGUCCAUGGGAUUCCCUUAUUCUUCCAGCGGCUUGGGCCGAGUGGUGUUUGGGGGUGGUCAGCGCUGGAGGCUGCGUCUCCUUCACGGACGGCCACAGGGACAAACCUGAAGGACAUCUGCGGAGACAUUUAACCUGAGGCUGACGGAGUGGAGCGGCAGAAGACUUUUUGAUGUUUUUAAAACUGGACUACAUUUCAAUGACUGCUAAGGAAAGAUGAAUCAGUUCUGGGUAAAUGUUUGUGUACAUGUAACCAGCCUCACUUGAAAAAUAAGUAAAAAGAAGAAAAAAAGAAGAAGAAAGAAAAAUAAACUUGAGGGUUAAUAAGCCUGCUAUAAAUGAAUUUCAUAUUUACUGUACAAAAGUCCGUUUGAACAGGGUUGUUCAUGUCAUCACUUGAAAAAAAAACUAAAAAAAACUUUGUAAGCACUACUUGUCUUCAAAAUACAAUUUUGGAAA